CUCUCUGGUCAAGAGGCCCUUCUACCGUUCAUCUUACCUCAUUUACCUUCUUGAACCUUGACAACACACUACAUCAUGCCUGCCUUCGACGACUCUGACUUCGGCGUGAACACGCCCCUUGCUCCUGUCAAGACCAAUGGCAGUACCAAUGGAACUACCAACGGCUCCUACAAGGAGACGCUCAGCAUCCCCGCUGACAACAAUGGCACCACCUCCAUCGAGGUUCCCGCAACCCGUUCCUCCAUCUCCGAUGCUUCCGCCUACAUGCACAACCUGUCUCUCUCGCCCAGCAUGAGGGACCGCCGUGGAUCAAGAAAUUCUUUCGGUGCUUCUCUUCCCAUUCCUCGCUCAAAGCGUCAGUCCCGGCUCUCGAGCGUGCACUACGCGGAGGAUGGCAAGCCCUCCCGUCCCGGCAUGCCUCCGGUCCAGCCUACUCGAGACAUCCUAGCUGCUCAAAUGCAAGACUUGAGCGGUGAGAAGGUUACUGCUGCCAAGGAUAUGGCAUUCGUCUUCGACAUUGAUGGUGUCCUUGUCCACGGUGACCGGUUGAUUCCCGAGGGCAAGCGCGUCCUUGAGAUCCUCAACGGCGACAAUGAACUCGGCAUCAAGAUUCCCCACAUCUUCCUCACCAACGGCUCCGGAAAGGUCGAGACGCAGCGUGUGGCUCAACUGAGCAAGAUCCUGCACAACCCCAUCUCCACCGAGCAAUUCAUUCAGUCUCACACGCCUAUGCGUGCUCUGGCCGAGUACUACAAGACUGUACUCGUCGUCGGUGGUGAAGGCUACAAGUGCCGCGAGGUCGCUGAGGAGUAUGGUUUCCAAGAUAUCGUCGUUCCCAACGACAUCAUUGCCUGGGACCCAACCAUCGCCCCCUACCGCGUCUUCACCGAGGAGGAGCGCAAAACCAGCCGACCCCGCGACUUCAGCAAGUGCAACAUUGACGCGAUCAUGGUCUUCUCCGACAGCCGAGAUUACGCCACCGAUAUGCAGAUCAUCAUGGACCUGCUCCAGUCUGAGGACGGCCGCUUCGGCACCCGCGCCAAGGACCCCGUCUCCCAGCGCAUCCCCAUCUAUUUCUCCCAGGGCGACCUGCUGUGCCCCACCGAGCACCCCUUCCCUCGCAUGUCGCAGGGCGCCUUCCGCAUCGGCCUCGAAGCUAUGUACAAGGCGCUCACCGGCGUUGACCUCGAGCGUGUCGUCUACGGCAAGCCCGAGCUGGCGACCUACAAGUACGCCGACGAGAUCAUCACCAGCUGGAUGGAAACGAUCCACAGCGAGGAGAAGCUGCCCAAGAACAUCUACAUGAUCGGCGACAACCCGGCCUCGGACAUCAUUGGCGGCAACAUGUACGGCUGGAACACGUGCCUGGUGCGCACCGGCGUGUACCAGGGCGAGGGCAAUGACAAGGAGAACCCCGCCUCCUUCGGCGUCUUCGCCAACGUGCUCGCCGCCGUGCAGACGGCUAUCAAGAAGGAGCUCGGCGAAGAAUUUAGGUUCCAGUUUGACGAGUCGAUGAACCCCAUCAACGGACAGGGUGUGUCGGCGAUUGAGUAAAGGGUGGAUGGCUCAAGUGCUGAGUCUGGUUCCCGAUGGCAUAUCUAGGCGUUUUUUUGGGAUGCAGUUUUGGGUCUACAGUUUUCUUUUUCUUCCCUUUUUAUUUGUUUCACGCAUAGCUUGCCUUUGCAUAUGAAUAACUGCUGCUGCAUAGCUCAGACGAUUCCCAAUUUGAUACCAAAAGCA